AUGUCUCAUUCCUUGCUUCAUACGAUUCUGUCCAAGGUAGCAACAAGCAAUCUCCAGGACUUCGAUAGUGCAAGAGUUGCUUUCUCCGGGCUUAGGUCCUUCCAAUUCGGUAAUCCAGAGGCCAUCCACUUGCGAGAUGGUAUGCUGAACUUAGCAUUUAGUGUUGAUGAUAGAGGAUUGGUUCACAACCAUCCUAGUUUUACUCAUGAAUUUGUUGAUCGGAUGUAUCAUAUGAUCACUAGAGAGAUAUUCUCAGGCCAUUGGGCUUCUAAAACCUGA